CUGAAAGGCAGCGCGGGUUCGUUCCUCCACUUCAGGCAAACAAGCGGGACCGCAGACGGAGAACAAUCACCCCCUGCUGGCGGUCCGGCGGCUGGCUGUAGCGGCACGCGCUGAAGCAGAGGCUCCGCUUGGAUCAGAGUGCUUGGGCUUCCUGCUGCUCGGACACCCGGCGCCCAGACACCCAGCUCGUCCCCGGGCGGCGCGUCGUUGCUUUCCCGCAGCAUCAUCCACCGCAGCGCAGCCUCACCUGCGCUUCUGUGCAGACGCGAGCGCUGCCGCAGCAGACGGACCGCACGGACGGAGCAUCCUUCGGGGAAGUAAGGGAAUAUACAAAGUCUGUAAAGAUGGUGAAACUGGGGAGUAAUCUUCAAGACAAAGGGGCCAAACCUGUGAGUGUGGAGGAUGGCUUUCAGAACGUGCCCCUCAUCACUCCACUGGACGUCGGCAGCCUCCAGAGCCAAGCACCUGACAAGAUGGUGGUGAAAACUCGCACGGAGUUCCAGACAGAGAAGAAGAGGCUGAAGGUUCCCAAGGUGGAAGAGUUCACCAUCAGUUUUACCGACGGGGUGUCUGAGAGACUGAAGGUGACCAUCCUGAUCAUCCUGGCCCUGGCCUUCCUCGCCUGCAUCGUGUUCCUGGUGGUCUAUAAAGCCUUCACCUACGACCACGCCUGUCCAGAUGGAUUCAUUUACAAGCACAAGCGAUGCAUCCCCGCCUCCCUGGAGGCCUACUACGCCGCCCAGGACGCCAACGCCCGGGGCCGCUUCUACACGGUCAUCAGCCACUACAGCAUGGCCAAGCAGACCACCUCCCACUCCGUGUCCCCCUGGCUGCCGGGGGGCGUGGGGGGGCAGCAGCGCGACUCCAAGACCCCCAGCGGCGACGGCCACUGAGCUGGAGGCGCCAUUCAAAGAUCGGAGCAAACACGAGAGAGAGAGACGCGUGCAGACGUGGAGGAUAAAACAACAUACACACACACACACACACACGCACGCACACACGCACACACACGUAGGUGGAUAUUUAGAGUCUUAGACCGCAUCACUUCAGCAGCUAUAAUAAAAACAUGCAUGCAGACAUGAAAGACGCCAUGCUCACGUUCACCUCCUGCUCCACGCGCUGCAGCUGUUUCCCGGGGCUUUUCCUAUCGAUCCGUUGCUCCUUUUGGCAUUAGCAUCAUUUGCUCAUGCACAUAUCCGACAAACACACGGCGUGAUGAUCAUGUUCACCUCCGCCCUCUGAUUUAUCAUUGAUUGACUGUUGUAACAUAUUGGUUUUGACUGUAUUUAUGGAUAUUUUCUAUGUGCAGCAGCCGACUGUUUGUACGAGCUGAACUCACGUCCUCUCUGAGCGUUGUCGCAGUCCGUCACGCUAUUUUUCUAAGUGUGUAUAUAUUAGUUGUACUCAUUCUGUGCUUCGUUCCUUUCUCGUCCCAGCUGUGUCCCGUCAGACAUGUUUGUCGAGCACCGCGCCACCGACUCCUCCUCAUCUCACCCUAUAAGACGUCGUAUGGUCUCGUAUCGCUGUAACAUUUUAAACCCUCGCCCGCGUCCAACAGGCCGAGUCGACCGGUUCCACAGUAGCUGUUUGAUAGAUCAUCCAGUGACACCGUCCGCGUGCUCCACAUUUUAACCCCUGCGCUGUACAUACUGUGCGUUCAGGCUAGUUUUUGUGCGUAUGCGUGGUAGCUUUGUUUAUAGUGAUUUACUUCCCUGUUGCUUCUGCUGCCAGUCUUGUAGUUCCACUCAAUGCAAUGUUGAGAAAGGAAAAACGGUGAAUAUCACCGUCUUUUGCCAAAACCUAUUUUUCUGCUGUGUUUUACUAUGUUUUUAUUUCAUUUUAAUGUUGGACCUGUUGUCAAGAGCGCUUCGAUGAGAUAUUGUGAUGUUGUUAGUUGAUAUGUAGCGAUUUCUGGUGUAAUAUAUUAAUUAUGUGUGCAUCUUUGUCUCUUUUCUCUUGGUUUGAAUUCAAAAUAAAACAAGCUGUGACGUGUGCUGA